AUGGAUAUUUUGGUCGGUAGUUUUACUACCAAUGUUGGUCGGUGCUGGAUGCGCUUAAAAUACGAGUAUAUUCCGUGUUUACAGGAUGGGCAGAAGGAGCACAUUCUCAGCCCCAGCGGCAAAGACGACUACCGUAAGAUCGUUCGCCUAUUCCGAGAGGAAGAAGUGCCCCAUCACACUUUUCCUCUCCCUUCGGAACGGAACAUCCAUGCGGUGGUUCGAGGAUUUCCCGUCAACUUUUCGGAUACUGAGAUUAAGGGAGAACUGGAGCAGAGGGGAUAUAGCCCUCUUCACAUCAUUCGAUUGAAGCGCAGCGGCGGCGCGCCCAUGCCUUUGGUGGUCGUGAUACUGCCCAAGACUGAAAAGUCUCAGCAAGUGUUCAACGAACACGAACUGCUGGGACUGGCAAUUCGAGUUGAGGUUCAGAAGAACUCCAGACCCAUUGGGCAGUGUCACCGCUGCCAAAAGUAUGGGCAUGCGCAGUCAAAUUGCACUGCACCGCCCAAAUGCUUAAAAUGUGCAAAGGACCACAUGACGCAUUUCUGCCCCCUCACCGAAGAGGAAGAACGCAAGUGCGCGAACUGUGGAGAGGAACAUCCCGCAAAUAGCCGGACUCCAGUAUUCUUUAGAAACCAUCAGGAUCCGCCCCCCGUGAGAAAAUUUGGUACACCUCGCUCUUCAAAAGGUCUUGGAGGCAGGUACACUGUUACUAAAAUUUAUCAUCUGCCGAUUGUCGGCACCAUGCCCUCAGAAAAAUUCCUGGGGGCGCCCAUGUCAGCUGCCUGUAACAAAGAACAUAAGGGAUGCUGUUUCGCAAAGUGGUUUAUGCAGACGAUAUUUCAGACAUACAAGCAUCAGGGGAACCGAUUCAUAUCCUCCUAUACUAAGCCCAAUGCGGAGUCGCACAGGCUAACAAUUUAUUUAGUCAGCUAUGAAUUGAAUUCAAGUAGGAAAUUGCACAAACUCAAGCGAGGAGGCGAGGUGACAGUUAAUAAAAUAAAGUCAGAGGCCGAAGGGCGGUGGGGCGGGCUUACAGAGAACGUUUGGCUGGCACUCUGCCACAGUUUUAGUGAAAGUGCCUUGGAUCCAGGCCAGGAUCAUUUUAUCAGAGGCCACAUUGUCGGCAACACUAGCUCAGCUUCUCGUUUGUCGAACGUAACGAAGAAACAAGCACCCACCGCCUUAAAGCAGAAGACACCGAGUCCUCGUUGGGAGAGUUACUCGGGAAGCGACCAGGUUGGUUUUAUGGUGACCAGGGAAAUACAAGAGGAUUUGUUUCCGCUGCCUCGGGAAUACUCGCUGGCAUACUGCGUAGCCGAAGACCUGAACGCAUCAAGAAGCUUAGCUUUCCUAUUCCACCGGAGGUUCGAAGAGCGUCAGGCGCAUUUUGGGAAGGCACUGUAUGUUUUGGAUAGUGGCCGAUUUGUCUACGCGCUCGACAUCAGGGCAGCUCAUCACCAGCCGUAUUUGAGAAACCUACGGCAACACCUGAUGGCCUGGCACGUUCGGAAGCUGGCAAUACCAAAGAUGGAAUAUGAGCGAGAAGGACUGUAUAGGAAGACCGUACGGAAUAUGAUAUAG